UCAGUUCAUGCCACAUCAAUAGCAGCUUCCAGAGUGGAGCAAGCACUAUCUGAGGUUGCUUCAUCUCUCCAAAGCAGUGCCCCUAAACAAGGUCCCCUCCAUCCUUGGAUGACUCUGGCUCAAAUAUGGCUUCAUGCAGCUGAAGUCUACAUAGGGAUUGGGAAGCCUGCAGAGGCCACAGCGUGUACCCAGGAAGCAGCUAAUCUCUUUCCGAUGUCGCACUAUGUUCUCUACAUGAGAGGUCAGGUGGCUGAACUUCGUGGAAAUAUUGAUGAAGCCAAACGCUGGUAUGAAGAGGCCUUAUCUAUUAGUCCUACCCAUGUGAAAAGCAUGCAGAGGCUGGCUCUGAUACUUCACCAGCUCGGGCGCUACAGCUUGGCAGAGAAGAUUCUCAGAGAUGCCGUCCAGGUGAACUCCACAGCUCAUGAGGUCUGGAAUGGCCUGGGAGAGGUGCUGCAGGCUCAAGGCAAUGAUGACGCCGCAACCGAAUGCUUCCUGACAGCGCUGGAGCUUGAAGCUAGCAGUCCCGUGGUCCCUUUUACCAUCAUUCCCAGAGUCCUUUGAAAGGGCAUCUUGAUCAACCGAUUUUGGUUUGACUUCUGGGUGAGGUAACCCAGCGUGUCAGGCUGCCUGGUAACUGGUUAGUUUGAAAAACUUUAGAGCUACAGGUAACGAACUCCAGUCUUUUGCAGGAAAGUGGCCAAAACAGUGACGUGAUACAAUAGGUUAUUGUCAGACUGAGAGGACAAAAUGGCUAGCCAGAACCAAAUCACUCAUAUCGCCUACAGUUUUGCCCUGGUAGUUUUAAAACAUCGUUAUAUUGUUCAUGGAUAAUGUGCCAUAUUUUGUUAGUGAUACUUGAGUGUUACAUAAAAUUAUAAUGGAAUCAACUACCAAAUGUAGAAUAAGUUAAAAUUCAGUGGCAGAGCAGACUAUUUUUAACAAGGCUGUUAAUAAAACUGUUCUCUUCCUGCCUCUCAACCCCUUUUGGCCCAAAGUCAAAAUGUGAAUUUUCUGUUUCCAUCUAUAUUUUAGUCCAGGCCAGAAAAUCAGUUGAGUUCUUGGUUUUAGUUGUUAAUAACUGUGAUGUGUGGCUAACUGUUAUCUCUAUCUAGAGCAAAGGCUGAG